AUGGAUUCGCAUGGCAUGAGAAGUUGGAUUUUUCGGAUUGUUUUACAAGUGUUCAUAUUACAAUUAUCAACUGAUAUAUACUCAUAUGCAAAUGAGGAAAAAAUUAAUGAAUUUUUCCAAAGUGGGCACACUAAUAAUUGGGCUGUUUUAGUAGACACAUCACGAUUUUGGUUCAAUUAUCGACAUGUUGCCAAUGUUUUGUCUAUAUACAGAAGUGUCAAACGUUUAGGAAUUCCAGAUAGUCAUAUCAUUUUGAUGGUGGCUGAUGAUAUGGCUUGCAAUCCAAGAAAUCCUCAUCCAGGAACAGUAUUCAAUAAUGCCAAUCAAUAUAUUAACGUAUAUGGCGAUGAUGUUGAGGUUGACUAUCGUGGAUAUGAGGUAACGGUGGAAAAUUUUGUGCGAGUAUUGACUGGCCGUCUUCCCCCCAGUACUCCUCGAUCCAAACGACUUUUAUCUGAUGAAAGAAGUAACAUUCUUGUUUAUAUGACUGGCCAUGGCGGAGAUGGAUUUCUAAAGUUCCAAGACUCGGAAGAAAUCUCUAAUGUUGAAUUGGCAGAUGCCUUUGAGCAAAUGUGGCAAAAGAGAAGAUACCAUGAAAUAUUUUUCAUGAUUGACACUUGUCAGGCUGAGUCAAUGUACCAAAAGUUCUAUUCUCCAAAUAUCCUUGCUGUUGCCAGCAGCCAUGUUGGUGAGGAUUCUCUUUCACAUCAUGUUGAUCCUGCCAUUGGUGUUUAUGUGAUUGACCGUUAUACUUACUAUGCACUGGAAUUCCUUGAACAAGUGACUCCAACCAGCAAGAAAACCCUUGGCCAAUUUCUUCGAGUAUGUCCUCAAAAACAGUGUAUAUCCAGAGUUGGGGUUCGAUCUGAUCUCUUUCAAAGAGACCCAGAAAAUGUACUACUCACUGAUUUCUUUGGCAGUGUAAGGAAUGUGGAACUCUUGUCACAUACAAUCAAACUGGAAAAAAUCACCAACACUUUACAACAGAAUGAUACAUGUGGGCCCAGCUGUGAAAAUAAGCAACAGGCAUAUCGGGACAGACUUUCCUAUGUAAAUCAAUUUCCUGUAUGA